CAAAAAACUGCAAAUUUUGGAAGCAGGGGAAAAGUUUGAAAUCAUUAUUGCAGGAGACGGUUUGACUGUUAACCAAGGCCCGGGUUUUUUUUAUUUGGAAGCAACUCUCGACAACCUUCGGGAAAUCAGAAAACUAGGAACAGAAGCAUCAUCUCCGGCCUUUAACGCAGAAACUAGUCAAAAAGUAAGAGCAAAUAAAGAAACCAACCCAACUUUGGCUAACCAAAGCUUCUCUAAAGAAAAAGCCACUGCUGACAAUUGA